AUGGAAACAGCAAUAUCAAUGGAAAGUAAAGUUGUAUUAUUGGGAUCAUCGGACGUUGGUAAAACUGCUGCGGCAAUAAGAUACGCCGAAGGUGUAUUCCCUAAAAGACCAACUCCAACCAUCGGUGCAUCAUUUUUAACAAAAACAAUAAAUAUAGAGGGUAAUAAAAUAAAAUAUUUAAUAUGGGAUACAGCAGGACAGGAUCGAUUUAGAUCAUUAACACCAAUGUACUAUAGAGGCGCAUGUGUUGCGAUAUUGGUGUUUGAUAUAACACACCAAAAAUCAUUUGAUACAGUUAAAGAUUGGGUUGAAGAGUUAAAAUCAAAUAUACAAGAGGAUAUAGUUUUGGUAGUAUGUGGUAAUAAAUUGGAUCUACAACAUAAAAGACAGGUAAAAAGAGAAACAGCAAAAAUGUAUGCAGAUGAAAUUAAAGCAUUAUAUGUAGAGAUAUCGGCAAAAGAAAAUGAAGGUGUAGAACAAAUGUUUUUAGAGAUAGCGAGAAAACUAAUUUCAAAUAAACAUAGCGAAUAUACCAAACAAAUUCAACAACAACAACAACUACACAAACAAACUCAACAACAAAAUCAAAACUUGUAUAGACACUUUUAUCAACAACAACAACAACAGCAACAACAGCAAAUGUAUCAACAAAAACAAGACAUAUAUUAUGAAAAUAGUGACCAAUGUUGUGGUUAA